AUGUUGUUCCCCAAGUUCCUCAUUCUGGGGGCUUCCGCCAGCGCAGUUGCUUCCACUAUUCCAUCUAUUGACAACCAGCAGUGCAAAAUUGUGAACCUUGUUGUCACUGCAUUGCACAAAGAGGCCAAGGCUUCUUCAUUUUGCUCUUCACUUGUGCCAGUAUGCACUGCCUCCACAACAAGGACCAUAUUCUACACCAAUAACGUUCGCCAGACAUCCUCGAAACCAACCACGGUUACGAGUACUGUGACUGAGACUUCCACUACCACAAGUACGGAUCUGACACUCGUGCCGUCUACGUCCACUGCUGAGGCUGUGACUACGACGACGACGGAUGUGGUAACUACGACUUCGCUCAGAUGCGAUCAGCAAGAGAAGAGGAACGCUCCAAAGACGAGCAAGGCACCACCAGUCCCGAAGGGCUGUGCCCAAGCUCCAGGCUUAUUGAAGAUCUUCCCAUGCGAGCAGUUAGUCACUGCGUGCAAAUGCCUCGCAUUGCCAACAACAACGAAAACAUUCACCGUCACGCAAACAACACAGACUACGGUUGUUAGCACUGUUGCGGAUGUUAGCACGACGACUGUCACGCUCACUCAAGUUGCGAUCAUUACGGCAACGCCCAUCACGACCGUCACGCCAACGUCUACAAGCACCUUGGUCUCGACAACAACUAUCGUAUCAUGCCCUUGUACCUCACCCGGCUUGACAGACCUAUGUGGCACCACAUGCGUCAACCGCCAAACCGACCCCAACAACUGCGGCACAUGCGGCAACACUGUAAGCUCCAACAUCAUCCCCAUCCCACUCACCAACUAA